AUGGAAAGGGUCAACACCACACUGUUGACUGCAUUUAUCCUGACAGGAAUUCCUUAUCCACUCAGGCUAAGGACAUUCUUUUUUGUGUUCUUUUUGCUGAUCUACAUCCUGACUCAGCUGGGAAACAUGCUUAUUUUAAUUACUAUUUGGGCAGACCCAAGGCUCCAUGCCCGCCCCAUGUACAUCUUUCUUGGUGUUCUCUCGGUCAUUGACAUGGGCAUCUCCUCCAUCAUCGUCCCUCGCCUCAUAAUGAACUUCACUUGGAGCAUCAAACCCAUCCCAUUUGGUGGCUGUGUUGCUCAACUCUAUUUCUAUCACUUCCUGGGCAGCACUCAGUGCUUCCUCUACACCCUGAUGGCCUAUGACAGGUACCUGGCAAUAUGUCAGCCUCUGCACUACCCUGUGCUCAUGACUGCUAAGCUGAGUGCCUUGCUUGCAGCCGGAGCCUGGGUGGCAGGAUCCAUCCAUGGGGCUCUCCAGGCCAUCCUAACCUUCCACCUGCCCUACUGUGGGCCCAAUCACGUGGAUUACUUCUUCUGUGACAUUCCUGCAGUGUUGAGACUGGCCUGUGCUGACACAGCAGUCAACGAGCUGGUGACUUUUGUGGACAUUGGGGUGGUAGUUGCCAGUUGCUUCUCCCUAAUCCUCCUCUCCUACAUACAAAUCCUUCAAGCUAUCUUGAGAAUCCAUACAGCUGAAGGGCGGUGCCGGGCUUUUUCAACCUGUGGAGCCCAUGUAACCAUGGUCACUGUGUACUACGGACCCUGUGCCUUCAUCUACCUGAGGCCUGAAACCAACAGCCCCCUGGAUGGGGCAGCCGCCCUAUUCCCCACGGUCAUCACUCCUUUCCUCAACCCCCUUAUCUACACUCUACGGAACCAAGAGGUGAAGCUGGCCCUGAAAAGAAUGCUCAGAGGCCCAAGAACUAAGAGUGAGGUUUGA